AUGUUUUCGACAGACAACAUUACAUAUUUGAAUUAUAUCAGCACACAAUUGAACAUCUAUGCCGGUAUAUUUUUCUAUGUUUUUGGCGUCUGGAGCAAUAUCUUUUGCAUAAUUAUGUUUCGAACAGUAAAGAAACUGAAACGAAAUCCGUCGUCAAUCUAUAUUUUCGCCGCAUCUCUCUGUAGUCUCGUACUAUUGAAUACCUCAUUGCUUUCGCGUAGCAUUCUACCCGGCUUCAAAUUUGAUCCAUCAUCACGCUUUUUCGUCUGGUGUAAAUUGCGUCAAUAUCUUGGACAAGUCUCUGCUCUAACUGCGCUCUUUUGCGUUGUCUGGGCAAUGAUGGAUCAGUACUUGUCAACAUCAAGUCGUAUUUGUCUUCGCCAUUUAUCAACCAUCAAGAAUGCUCGUCGAUUAGUAUUGUUAACAUUCGUUGUAUGGUUUCUACAUGGUCUACCGUUGGUAAUCAAUAAUCAAAUUAGUGUCUUAGCGCCGAACAAUGUCACCACGUGCUCAUUAUCGAGAGAUUUAAGUUUUCAGACCUAUACAGCUUAUGUCGUGACUCCGUUCUUUCUUGGAAUCAUACCUUCGUUCUUGAUGGUUGUAUUCGCAAUUUUAGUUUAUGCGAAUGUGAAUUAUCUCCACCAGGAACAAAUGCGCACGCGAAUUCAACGACAACUAACACGGAUGAUCACUUCACAAAUCGUGUUAAUUCUGAUCGGUACAAGUGCAUAUACCACUCUAAUCAUUUAUACCUUAUUAACCGUAUCAAUACCAAAGGCACCGAUGAGACAGGCACAAGAAAAUAUUGGCUUAACAUUAGCAUUAUUAUUGUCAUAUACUGGUUACUCGUUCCAUUUCUAUAUUUAUAUGUUUGUGUCGUCCUCGUUUCGAAAACAUUUCAAGGAGUUCAUUAAGAAAUUCUUACGCUAUUUAUCACAUUACUAUCGUGCUAUUAACAUAACAAAGUUACAUGCACAAGGCCCAAGAAAUAGUAUGCAACGGUAUACAACGUGA